UCAUGAUUUACAAAUCUGAGGUUGUGGAGAUUGUGUCGCAACAUGGUUGUUUGUGGUGCAAUGGGAGACGCCGAGAUGUCGGCCGUUUCUGGGGUCUAAACCCGGCGUCGUCAUUGCACCACUGACAGCCAUAUCAGUUGUCUCCUCCGGUGAGCAUUUCCGGACAAAGAUUUGAUGGAUGCAAUUCGGUUUAUGCCUCCAAAUUUCUAAAGCUUGAGCCAAGAAAUGCAAUGGAGUAGAUGCGAAUAUGAAAAGGCUGUUGCUUUCGCCACCCAAUUUGUCUGCACACAACUGCAGCUUGUUAUUGCAGAGAUGCAUGAAGCGGAAAGCACUGAAACCCUGCAAGCAAAUCCACGCUUUGAUGUUAACUAAUAAUGUUGACGUGAAUCUUUUGCAACUGAGCUCAAAGCUAAUAGGCGCUUAUGCAUGUUGUGGGGAUUUGACCUCAUCCAAGUUACUUUUCCGAGAGACUCCAAACCCAAAUGUAUUUGCGUUCAAUUGGAUGAUUCUGACCUUAACUUUUUCAGGGUUCCAUCAGGAGGCGAUUGGGUACUUUUCUUUAUUCCAAGAAUCAAGAAAUAGUAACAGUUACCCGAACAAGUAUACUUUUUCUGUAGUCUUGAAAGGUUGCGUGGGUUUGCUGGAUGAGGAUUUAGGGAAGCAAGUUCAUGGCAUGAUUUACAAGGUGGGGUUUGAAAAGGAAGUGUCAGUUUGCAAUGGUUUGAUUGAUAUGUAUGGGAAGUGUAGGAGGAUAUGCCAUGCACGCGGAGUGUUUGAUAGAAUGACUGAAAGAGAUGUUGCGUCGUGGACAACGAUGAUUUGUAGGUAUGCUGAUGUGGGGAGGAUUGAAGAGUCAGUUGUUCUGUUCGAAAGAAUGAGGUUGGACGGUGUAAAACCUAAUGAUUUUACUUGGAAUACGAUUAUAGCAGGGCACGCCAGGAGUGGAGACUGUGAUGGUGCUUUUAAGAUUUUUUCACGGAUGUGCAGAGAAGGAUUGUUUCCGGAUUUGGUUAUUUGGAAUGCAAUGAUUUCAGGUUUUGUUCAAAGCCAAAGGGCUGUUGAAGCUUUAGAGUUGUUUCGAGAUAUGUUAAUUUCUAGAAUUAAGCCUAACGAGGUGACUGUGACAGGGCUGCUUCCUGCAUGUGGGAUGGUUGGUUCAGUUGGUAGGGGGAGAGAAAUUCAUGGAUUGAUAUACAGAAUGGGACUUGAUAUCAAUGUCUUUGUUGCUAGUGCACUUAUCGAUAUGUACUCAAAAUGUGGGAGUGUUGAAGAGGCUCAGAAUGUUUUUAACUCCAUUCCUAACAAGAAUGCAGCAUCAUGGAAUGCUAUUAUUGGAUGUUAUGGGAAGCAUGGGAUGGUAGAUUGUGCAAUCAAAUUUUUUGACAGGAUGCAGGAUGAAGAUAUACAACCAAAUGAAGUUACGUUGACUGCUAUUCUUUGCGCUUGUAGCCAUGGUGGUCUGGUGGAGAAAGGUUUGCAGAUUUUUAGGUCCAUGGACUUAUACGGCGUCAAACCAAAUAAAGAGCAUUACUCGUGUCUUAUUGAUCUUCUGUGCCGUUAUGGCAGAAUGGAAGAGGCUUAUGAUAUAGUUAAGCAGAUUGGGGUGGAAGUCACAUAUUCAGCUAUUGGAGCUUUCCUCAAUGGCUGCAAGAUCCACGAAAGGAGAGAUCUUGCUGAAAACAUUUCUGAGCAGUUGAGGAUGGAGCUGAAGAAGCCUGGAGGUUUUGUCACUCUCUCAAACAUAUACGCUUCUGAGGGUAAGUGGAGAGGUGUUCAGGAUGUUAGGGAGGUGAUGAAGGAUAAGAGAGUCCAUAAGAAGCCUGGUUUUAGUUCGAUUUAGAAGCAGAUGAAAUUCAUGGAAAGAUAAGGAAGAGAACACAAAGGUUUCGAAGGAUUGACAUAGUUGAGGCUACAGAGUAUACAAGCUUUUCAUCUCUUUCUAUAAACCUCCUUCCCCAACUCCAGUAGAACAACAAGGAACUACGUCAAAAAUUGCAGUCUAAGUUCUAUAUAUACUCUCAUCACUGGUGAAAGUUAUGGGAUAAGAUGCCUCUUACCAGCACUGUUUUCUUGAAGUCAUGUAAGCUGGUAAAAACAAUUUUGAGUCUCUUUGAUUGACUCCCUGUUUUCAGCUGCCUUCAACUACAUCAAAGCCUCCCUCUGGUGCUUCUUGUUCAUGAUGGCAGAAUCCAACCUUAGGUACAUCUUGGUAGUUGAUUGCAAUCAAUACACCUUAUUAAUAUCUCCAGGUGACCUUCUCUAAAUGAAAAGAUGUGUAUGUCUGCUGCAUUUAAAUUUUCUUGCAGAAGUAGAAUUAUUGUUGAUGUCAUUGUCUGCUAAUUAAAGAGUCAUUUUGGACAAAGAAUUUACCUUGCCUGCUAUUUUUUGUCGACUAUGUUUAUUUUUUUCAAGCGUCUGAUAAAGUUUUACGUGUUUUUUAUACUCACAGAAUUGCUAAAUUCAGUUGCACAGAAUGCUUUCCCUAGAUCAGAUAGUAGUAGAUGAGAAAUUCAAAGACAUUAAGUUCUCUGUUUCGUCUGACAUGAAAUAAUCUGCCUAGGACUGCUUAUACAUUCCAAGUAUUUAUUUAAACAUUACUCUUUGGCUCCAUCUCUAGUUAUGAUGACCACACUGCCAUCAUUUAUCACUCCUAACAUACCUUAUCAAGAAUGCAAAAUGAACAUAUGCUUAUAAUCUUAGCUUGUUGAAUAUGAAUAGUUUGAGUAAAAGUUAUCUUAUGGAGCGGAUGUUUUCUUGUAUCAUCUUCUCACCUGCUUCAUUUUUUCCUAGCCUAAUUGUUCUGUUUCAUGGGCUCAGAAAUUUAUACUUCUACGGACUGUGUCGCAGUUUUGAGUCUUGGAAACUACUGAUCUUGCCAAAGGGAAAUUCGUUGCAGAACUUCCGUUUGUUGGCUCUGCCGUUCUUGUGCAUACUUUAAAUCCUUGAUUUGCAGAUUGCAUACCAGUAUUGAUGCCAAGAAGGCUAAUAACACGAAAUGCCAGAGGAGUCUCAUUAAUGUAGAAAGAGCAAACCGCGAAGAUACAUUCUCAACACAUUCGGGAGACUAGUGAAACCCCAUGUGCAUUCAGAAAUUACUGCCCUUCAAACUGCACCGAGCAUGCAAAACAAAUAUGGCUCUGAGACUGUGUGCUGAUGGUUUAGUAAAAGAAUCUGGAAAGAGAAACAGUUGUGUGGAUGCCCUCACAUGAAUUCUAGGAGCAAAAUAAAUGAUCCACUACUCGUCCCUUCGGCAUCAACAUGUGGUUUACCCAAACUGUAUUCGAAUUUACAUGUCAAUAGUUGGGUUUCGUACCGUUUCACCCACACCAGAGAUCCUGACCUGCUCGUGACAGCAUUUAAAUGUCGGUUAAUACUGAGAAGUCUCCGUAUUAGUCCUACAACAUACUAGUUUCAUCAGUCCUCUUUAAUAUUCGGUCACAAAUCAUACUUGUAGAAAUGACAUUGAUUAAUGAAUUUCACGUACUGAUGUGUCCAGUUCUUGAUUGUUUUAUUUAAAGAAAGUCAGCUCAUAUGUAUAUUUUUACGAGCAUUUAGAGUCACAGUUGAAAGAACUGAGACAAGUUGUAGCGUUUUCCAUGACAACCUGGAAUAAUACAAGCUUAGCAUAUAGUAGUUUUUAAAGAGUGAUGGUUGCAACUUGUGAAGAUAGUUGCCAUUUCUUACAUUCUGAGCUGGCAGGUCUUUGAUUCUUUUAUGUCCUUAU